UGCCUCGCCUAGCGACGCCUGUCCAAAUCCCCCCCAACCGGGCAAUUCGACGAUAGCUUCAAUUGUGAAGGCUGCCAAAGCGGCGAAUCGGCGAAUCAGCGAGCGAUCUGGCCAAUCCCAGGCAAAGCUUGGCAGACAACUGGGGCUGAUCGGGCUCUGCCCGCGACUCCCUUGUGAUGGCGCCUCUAAAGGGCGGAGGCGACGACGGCCUGGACCCUGAGAACAACCUGGCUACAACGCGGUCAAGAUGGGCAACCCGGAAGUUGACCGUCAAGAGUAGCAACAUCAAGCGCCUGUCAUUAAUGGGGAGGAAACACCACCGCAGCGCGUCUAACGAGAAGAAGAGGACAUCCGGCGCCUCCGGCUCCCUCAAACAACAGGACGAUAGUAAUACCGUAGCCGGUGACGGUCCUCCCCCGGGUGCCAGCCCAAGGACAUUGUUUUUCAAUCUCGCCCUUCCCGUCGAACACACGGAUGAGCAUGGCAACCCGGCACAGCCAUACGCUCGCAACAAGAUCCGCACAGCCAAGUACACUCCGCUGUCUUUCGUCCCCAAGAACCUAUGGUUCCAAUUCCACAACAUUGCCAACAUCCUCUUCCUCUUCCUCGUUAUCCUAGUUAUUUUCCCUAUAUUCGGCGGUGUCAACCCCGGAUUAAACGCAGUUCCCUUAAUUGUCAUUAUUACAAUUACCGCUUUCAAGGAUGCCAUCGAGGAUUACCGACGAACAGCCCUCGACAACGUCCUAAACAACGCACCCGUCCACCGCCUCUGCGGCUGGAGCAACGUCAACGUCCAGGAAGACAAUGUGUCGACGUGGAGGAAGAUCAAGAAGGCCACUUCGAAAUUCUUCGGCACAAUGUGGCAUGGGAUAGAGCGGCUGUGGAAGAGGGAUGUGAAGACACACAACUCUGCGACUUACGACAAUCCUCGAAUGUCUAUCGAGUCCCGGGUUACCCGUCCCGAGUCAUUGAUUAUCUCGCCUCAUUCCCGUCAAUCCUUCGUAUCGGCCCAGGAGGACAUUCAGAUGACCCCGGUGCCAUCGCCCCUUCCGCGGGAGACAAAUCGCUUGGAACUACCGCCGGAUCCAACCAAGUCCUUGUCCUUCCCCGCGGACGACGAGACCAUCUUGCGGACAAUCAAGGGCGACGUGAUCAAUCACGAGGUGCCAGCACCAGGAAAGGCUCGAUUCCACAAGGACGCGUGGAAGAACUUGCAAGUCGGCGAUUUCGUCCGUCUCUACAACGACGACGAACUUCCCGCCGAUGUCAUCAUCCUGUCGACUUCGGAUCCCGAUGGAUCCUGCUACGUGGAAACCAAGAAUCUAGACGGUGAGACAAACUUAAAAGUUCGUUCCGCCCUUCGAUGCGGGCGGUCAAUCAAGCAUGCUCGAGACUGCGAGCGAGCCCAGUUCGUGAUCGACAGCGAGGCGCCCCAGCCGAACCUGUACAAGUAUAACGGCGCAAUCAAGUGGCGGCAGAGGCUGCCACACGACCCCGAUGGUGAGCCGAGGGACAUGUCCGAGCCGAUCAGCAUCGAUAACGUGCUUCUGCGCGGCUGUAACCUGAGGAACACCGAGUGGGCUCUUGGGAUAGUUGUCUUUACCGGGCACGACACCAAGAUCAUGAUGAACGCCGGCAUAACCCCAAGCAAGCGCGCUCGUAUCGCGCGUGAGAUGAACUUCACCGUCAUCUGCAAUUUCGGCAUCCUUCUCAUCAUGUGCCUGAUUUCUGCAAUCGCGUCUGGUGUAGCAUGGAGUAAAACGGACGCCUCGUUGUCUUGGUUCGAUUUCGGCUCAAUCGGCGGAUCCGCCCCCCUGAGUGGCUUCAUCACCUUCUGGGCUGCCCUCAUCGUUUACCAGAACUUGGUGCCCAUCUCGCUCUAUAUCUCGCUCGAGAUCGUCCGGACGCUGCAGGCCAUCUUCAUCUACAGCGAUGUUGCGAUGUACUACGAGAAACUCGAUCAGCCCUGCAUUCCCAAGUCGUGGAACAUUUCGGAUGACGUUGGCCAGAUCGAGUACAUCUUCUCCGACAAGACUGGCACCCUCACUCAGAACGUCAUGGAGUUCAAGAAGGCGACGGUCAAUGGCCAGCCGUACGGCGAGGCCUACACGGAGGCCCAGGCUGGCAUGCAGAAGAGACUCGGCAUCGAUGUGGAGAAGGAAGCCGUGAAGAUCAGAGCCGAGAUUGACCAGGCCAAAGUCCGUGCCCUCGAGGGUCUUCGAGCACUGGACAACAACCCCUACCUCCAUGACGAGGACAUAACCUUCAUUGCUCCCGACUUUGUCGACGAUUUGGCUGGCAAGCAUGGGGACGAGCAGCAGCGGGCAAAUGAGCAUUUCAUGCUCGCCCUCGCUCUUUGCCACACAGUCAUCGCCGAGAAGCAGCUGGGCGAUCAGCCAAAGAUUAUCUUCAAGGCCCAGAGUCCCGAUGAAGCGGCGCUCGUUGCCACCGCCCGCGACAUGGGCUUUACCGUUCUCGGGUCGUCCAAUGACGGCAUCAACGUGAACGUCAUGGGCGAGGAGAGGCAUUACCCCAUCCUCAACACCAUCGAAUUCAACUCUAGCAGGAAACGCAUGAGUGCGAUCGUGAGGAUGCCGGACGGGAGGAUUGUGCUCUUCUGCAAGGGCGCCGACAGUGUCAUCUAUUCGCGACUCAAGCGCGGUCAGCAGCCGGAACUUCGCAAGGAGACGGCCACGCACCUCGAGAUGUUUGCCAGAGAAGGCCUGCGCACUCUAUGCAUCGCCGAGAAAGUGCUCGAUGAGGAGGAAUAUUAUGCAUGGAAGAAGGAGCAUGACAUGGCGGCAACAGCUCUAGACAAUCGCGAGGAAAGGCUCGAGGAAGUUGCCGAUCGGAUCGAGCAGGACCUGACUCUGCUCGGGGGGACGGCCAUUGAAGACCGUCUCCAAGACGGAGUUCCCGACACCAUCGCCCUCCUUGGCGAUGCUGGUGUCAAGCUCUGGGUGCUUACCGGAGACAAGGUCGAGACGGCCAUCAACAUCGGCUUCUCCUGCAACCUCCUCAACAACGACAUGGAGCUCAUUCGGCUCCAGGUCGAAGAGGACGAGACCGGGGAGACCCCUGAAGAGGUGUACCUACGUAGCCUCGACGAAGCGCUCGACAAGCACUUGCAGGCGUUCGGCAUGACGGGCAGCGAUGAGGAGCUGAAGUACGCCAGAAAGGACCACGAGCCCCCCGCGCCGACACACGCUCUCGUCAUCGACGGUUUCACAUUGCGAUGGGUCCUCGACGAUGCGCUCAAGCAGAAGUUCCUGUUGCUCUGCAAGCAAUGCAAGUCUGUACUCUGCUGUCGAGUCAGUCCCGCACAAAAGGCUGCCGUCGUAUCCAUGGUGAAGAGCGGCCUCGAUGUCAUGACGCUGUCCGUCGGUGACGGUGCCAACGACGUCGCCAUGAUCCAGGAAGCCGACGUCGGUGUCGGUAUCGCCGGUGAGGAGGGUCGCCAGGCUGUCAUGUCGUCGGACUACGCCAUCGGCCAGUUCCGGUUCCUGCAGCGCCUCGUCCUCGUCCACGGGAGAUGGUCCUACCGUCGGUUAGCAGAGAUGAUCAGCAACUUCUUCUACAAGAAUAUGGUGUGGACAUUCGCCAUCUUCUGGUACCAGAUGUACUGCGACUUCGACAUCACGUACAUCUUCGAGUACACGUACAUUCUCAUGUUCAACCUGUUCUUCACCUCGAUCCCUGUUAUUCUCAUGGGAGUCCUGGAUCAGGAUGUUGAUGAUGCCAUCUCACUCGCCGUGCCCCAGCUCUACCGUCGCGGUAUCGAACGGCUGGAGUGGAGCCAGACAAAGUUCUGGCUGUACAUGCUCGAUGGCUUUUACCAAUCCGUAAUGGCCUUCUUCAUACCCUAUCUUGCCGUAGCCGGCGCAACUUUCGUCUCUGGGAACGGUCUAGAUGUGACGGACAGACUGCGGUUGGGCUUCUAUAUCCUUCAUCCCGCCGUGAUCACGAUCAACCUCUACAUCCUGAUUAACACUUACCGAUGGGAUUGGCUGAUGCUGUUGGUGGUCGUGCUCAGCGAUCUCUUCGUCUUCUUCUGGACCGGGGUGUACUCGUCCACUACCUUUUCGCAAUUCCUCUACCAGGCCGCCCCGCAAGUGUACGGAGAACUCACGUUCUGGCUUGUACUCCUUAUCACUCCGGUUGUCUGCAUAUUCCCCCGAUUCGUUAUCAAGGCACUCCAGAAGGUGUACUUCCCCUACGACGUCGACGUCGUUCGGGAACAGAUCACCAUGGGCCUCUUUAAGGAUGUCAAGACUCAAGGAGACACGGGUGCGGACGAAUCGCUCAAGGGGACAGAAGCAUCGUCUGGGUCGUCUGGGUCAGCUGGGAGAAGAAAGCACACUCACUUUGCGAGCGUCGACGAAGACAGGCGACCCAUCUAUCCUCCCUCGGUUGCGACCCAUAAUACGCGCACCCAGAAUGGGAGUGACGGCUCAAACUACACGUAUCCCCGCCAAUCGAUGGAUAUGGUAUCUGAGAUGCAGGUCCGGUCAUCAAUAGACCGAACCAGGCCAUCGUAUGACCGGGUACGUGCGUCAAUGGAUCGUGUCAGGGCGAGCUUCGAGGCCAGUAGCGACUUUACUUCGGCAGCACGGCUCAGUAGGAUUGAGUCGUCGCACUCGGAAAACCAGCAUCCACACCAGCGCCGGUUUAACCUGACGACGGUCCGGAAGCGCGGCCUGUCUGCCUUCUCAAAGAAGAGCGUCAACGACCCGUGACGAGACGAGCAACCUAGCCGUUCCCAACCCCGUUCCUAAGCUUGACCUCACAUCGUUUCCAUUCCGCCCACUGUAUAAUAUACCGGUCUACGCCGCGCCGUAGGCCAUCUCCAUUGGACCUGUUGAUAUCCGGAGCGCUCAUGCACUGAUGAAUCGCAUGAUCUGAUCCACGAAACCGGGUUAAAACCUUGGUGGCUACUGUUCUACUGUUUCCUGGAAUGUAUCCUUUUUGGGUUUACUUUUUAUCUCCUUUUCCUACCCUUUUCUUUCAAGCCGGCGUUG